CCUGUAGUCGAAAGCGGGGUGCGCAAAGAUACCACGGAGAGAAGUCCAUCUGUCCUUAAAGAAGGAGUCAAGUCGGAUAAUACGGAGAAAAAAUCGGACAAUCCGACAACUCCAGAGAUUACCGAACUUCUACAGGGCAGUGAGCGGAUUGUUAUCACCUCAACGGAUGCGGAGCCAGAAAAACACAUAUCCACCAAUGGCGAGCCAGAAAAACACGUAUCUACCAAUGACACGACAGGAAAUGUGAAGUCCGACCAUGUGACACCAGCUAUGGAAGAGCAGUCUACCAAUACGACUGACACACAAUCGAGUGCUGAUGAGGGUGUGGAACUGAACCCAGAGGCCACCGCAGGAGGUGCAUAG